AGUCCCAACUCCUAAAUCCACCCCACUUCGUCCACUCUUUUGUUUUUUUUUAAAAUUCUUAUUGAAUCUUCCUUCCUGUUUUGCUUUAUUGCAUUCUUUGCUUUUAUUGCGACACUAUGGACGACAGCGCUGCGCCAACGCGGUACCAUUGGAGCCAGUUUGACAAUGAGCGCCGAGCGUCGCGUUCGAGCCUACCGACCGCCGCCGCCACCAUCACAGCUCCCAUGAGCACACGGCCAGCAUCCCCACCGCCGAGCGGCAGUGGCAGUGGCAGUGGCAGUGGCAGUGGCAGUGGCAGUGGCAGUGGCAGUGCGACGGGCGGCCCGUUGCUCGCUCUGCCGCCAUCGUCGUCCCAGUCUCCUCAAGCUCAGUCCAGUCCGCCGUCCUCCCGCGGGCAAGACGAAAGUUACUCAAGACACUACCGCGAGUCGCGUGAGGAUGACCGCGACCGCGAGCGAGACCGACAUCGAGGCGCUUCGGGGCGAUCGUUCCAGUCGCAGUCCCAAGCUCAGGCGGAUUACCGCUUGCGGAGCCACCACGCGUCAUCAUCAGGGCAUGGGCAUGGGUACUACAGCUCAUCCGAGUCAUCGCAGGCGCAGGACUACGGACGGAACGGGAGGUACAGCCGGCCAAGCGACCAAUCGUCGUCGUAUUACUCGAGAUCUGCUCCGUUGCUGGCACAUCCAGGCAGCAGCAGCAGCAGCAGAGAUGCUGGUUCACGAGGCCAUGAUGGCUAUUACAAUCACCGCGGGAGCGGCAGCGGCAGCGGCAGUGGCGAGUCUUAUGCGGACAGGCGAAGCGAUCGAGACGACCGACCCCAUCAUCGCUCAUCCAGUUCGAGUUACUCGAGUUACUCGGGUUCCUCGCAUGACUCGAAUCAUGACGACCGACAUCGCGAUGCUGGAUCUCGUGACUGGGACGGCGACAAUGCCAAAGCUCAUCAUAAUCAUCAUCAGCAGCAGCAGCAGCAGCAGCGAGGAAGCAAACGACCUGCAUCCCCACCGUCCGCUGCUGGUGGUUUGCUGGGUGCUCCUGCCGGCCCGCGAUUUACUACAAUCGACGACAUGUCCACUCCCACCGAGCGAGCCAACAAGCGGAUCCGAACGGAUCUGCCAAGCCUCCUUCCACCGCCUGUUCCGAUUUCGACCGGUCGCCAUUUGAUGAGCAAUCCAAGUCACGGCGAGGAGAGAAGCAACGAACCACCAUCCAUUCUCCCCUUUGAAGAGUUUCGAGCGCAAUAUUGCCCUUCCUUGUCGCUGGACGAGGCCCGCGACAGUCACGAUACCUAUGUCCUUGAGAUGGAACGUGGCUUGAUUGUGGACUUUUUCGAUCAGCAUUGGUCGGAGCCAUGGUUCCAGGAAAAGUACAACCCUGUCGUCAAGGAGCAGCUUGCCGCGGCUCGUCUGGAAGAAUGCGAGUUGAAAGCGACGCGCUUGUUCGAAGACGAGCGAUUCAGCACUCUUCAACUCACAAAGGAGCAUGGGUCCACUGCCGCUGCUCUUCUAGACACAGUCGAAACGGCCUGGGAUGAUACUCUUCUGAAGCGCAACGAAGCGGCUCGUCGGACGCCAUCGCACGAGCCGCCAAGUUCGGAGGAGAGUUCCGAUCUGGCGGCACCACAGGCAAUGGUCGAAUCGAGCGAAUUGAGCGACGCGAGCGAGUCUGCCGCGGCCGUUCCAUCCGGCGAGAUCAUCUCCAGUGCGCGACUCGACUCAGAAAGUGACACACCACGUACACUGCAGCUAUUCGUCGUCUCCAUUGCACCACACAUUUCGCGCGCGGAGGUCGAGAAGCUCUGCCGAUAUGUUCCAGGCUACAUCCGGCUUCAGUUGUCUUCGGCAACAUCCGCAAAGCGCUUCCAUCGACUUGGCUGGCUUUCAUUCGCGCUCUCCACAGACCUUCUGGCUGCUCAGAGUCGGCUGAACAACACCAUGUUUGGCGAAUUCAAAUUGAUUGUACGAGAUGCCAAGUCGUAUCAUCUGAGAACGCGCUACCAGCCAGGCCCGCUUGCGAUUGACGCGGCUCGGGCUCGCACCCUCUUGCCGAUUAUUCGUCGGUUGAUGACCUACUUUGAUGAGCAAGUGGGGAUGACCGCAGAAGCAGCGCGCCGCGAAGCUUUGCACGCCGGCGAUGCCGAGACCAUGGAAGAAGCAGAGCUUUUGGCGUGUUUGGACAAAUGCGUUCUGUACUUGCGGGCGACUCAUCACUACUGCGCGUUCUGCUCGGCCUCGUUCGAUUCGUGCGAAGAUCUUGAGCGGCGUUGCGGCGCUGUGCAUUUGCGCGAUGCUUACCCUGACACGGUCCUGCCCGCAGUCACGACGACCAUGCCUCGCGAAGGCGCGGACUACUUGACAUGGCUGGCUCGCGGAGCAGAAAUGCGAAUGCGCACGCACGAGCUCGACGCGGGUCGAGUGGAAAGGAUUGGCUUGCGAAAUGCAGAUCGUGAUGCGGCCAACUUUAUGAACAGUACUGUUGUACGUCUCAAGGAUGACCGAGUGCGGUGCGGUAUUUGCCAAGUCACUUUCAAAGGGCAAGAGUUUAUUGAAAAGCACAUUACGACCCGCCACACGCCUGCCAUGAUUGCUGCGUCGAACAAGGCAAGCACUUUCAACAAUUUCGUUCGAGACGAACAACGGUCGAUGGUCGGCACCAGGUUUGUUCCCCCGAGCUUGACCAAGCUUCAAAUGCGUACCGGCACCAGCAGCCGUCAAGUUGUCAGCUAUCAUGAUUUGUGAUGCGAAUUUAGAGCAAUCCGAUUUGGUUUUGUUUUUGAACAAAACAAAUCACAUUGAAGAAAACACA